CGCGCGGCCGUGAGCCCCAGGCGCCAUUUUGGACUCAGGGCCGAGGCGCAGGGGACCUACGCGUUGACCGCAGUUCGCUGAGAGCUUCUCUGGCCGGCGACGGGGAGUCCCGGGGCAAGGACGCGGAAGACAGCGUGGGACUGAGAAAGAGAGCUUCUCUCUGGGCAGCCAGAGCCGCAAAGGUGGAGCCGCGUUGGCGCCCGCCGCGGGACCAGCGCCUCGGAUGCGGGCGGAGCGCGGGGGGCCGUGGCGGCGGGAGCGCGAAGCGGGGGCCCCGGGGGGCUUCAUGUGAGAGCCGCGGGACCAGCCGCCGCCGUCCCCGGAGCCCGGGGUGGUGUGUGGGGGAAGCCGCCCCCGGCAGCAGGAUGAAGCGAGGAGGAAGAGAUAGUGACGAUAAUUCAUCUGAAGAAGGUUCCACAGAGAAAUCAAAGAAACUGAGGACUACAAAUGAGCAUUCUCAGACUUGUGACUGGGGUAAUCUCCUUCAAGACAUUAUUCUCCAAGUAUUUAAAUAUUUGCCUCUUCUUGACCGGGCUCAUGCUUCACAAGUUUGCCGCAACUGGAAUCAGGUGUUUCACAUGCCCGACUUGUGGAGAUGUUUCGAAUUUGAAUUGAAUCAGCCAGCUACAUCUUAUUUGAAAGCUACACAUCCAGAGCUGAUCAAACAGAUUAUCAAAAGACAUUCAAACCAUUUACAAUAUGUCAGCUUCAAGGUGGACAGCAGCAAAGAAUCAGCUGAAGCAGCUUGUGAUAUAUUAUCGCAACUUGUUAAUUGCUCUUUAAAGACACUUGGACUUAUUUCAACUGCUCGGCCAAGCUUUAUGGAUUUACCAAAGUCUCACUUUAUCUCUGCGCUGACAGUUGUGUUUGUAAACUCCAAAUCCCUGUCCUCACUUAAGAUAGAUGAUACCCCAGUAGACGAUCCAUCCCUCAAAGUACUAGUGGCCAACAAUAGUGAUACGCUCAAGCUACUAAAAAUGAGCAGCUGUCCUCAUGUCUCUCCAGCCGGUAUCCUUUGUGUCGCUGAUCAAUGUCAUGGCUUACGAGAAUUGGCCCUGAAUUACCACUUACUAAGUGAUGAGUUGUUACUUGCUCUGUCUUCUGAAAAACAUGUGCGAUUAGAACAUUUGCGAAUUGAUGUAGUCAGUGAGAAUCCUGGACAAACACAUUUCCAUACUAUUCAGAAGAGCAGCUGGGAUGCUUUCAUCAAACAUUCACCCAAAGUGAACUUAGUGAUGUAUUUUUUUUUAUAUGAAGAAGAAUUUGACCCAUUUUUUCGUUAUGAGAUACCUGCCACUCAUCUUUACUUUGGGAGAUCAGUAAGCAAAGAUGUGCUUGGCCGUGUGGGAAUGACAUGCCCUAGACUAGUUGAACUAGUAGUAUGUGCUAAUGGAUUACGGCCACUUGAUGAAGAGUUAAUUCGCAUUGCAGAACGUUGCAAAAAUUUGUCAGCUAUUGGACUAGGGGAAUGUGAAGUCUCAUGUAGUGCCUUUGUUGAGUUUGUGAAGAUGUGUGGUGGCCGCCUGUCUCAGUUAUCCAUUAUGGAAGAAGUAUUAAUUCCUGACCAAAAGUAUAGUUUGGAGCAGAUUCAUUGGGAAGUAUCCAAGCAUCUUGGUAGGGUGUGGUUUCCAGAUAUGAUGCCUACUUGGUAAGGACUGCAUAAUGUAGGGCAUAAUGAAAAGCACCUUAACUUUAAGCAACUGUAUUAUAAUAAAGUUAAUUUGCUGUAGUUCUGAUAUAAUUCUAUUUUGUGGCACAGAAAUUUGAUAUCUUCAAUGAGAAUUGUUUACUAGAAGAUCUAUAAAUCAGUUUUGGUCAGAAAAAUCCAUGUGUUUCUUUAGCCUGUUAGCAAUCAAAUCUCAUUUAAGUGAAGAAAAAAAAAAACCUGAUUUCAGAUUAGAAAGUAAUAACCAUUUGUAAAGAUUAAACAGUUCAUAGUCUGAAGGAAACAAAACCUAUGUAUUAUAAUAUCCAAGAAGCAAGUACUAAUAGGUUUUCUGAAAUGUUCUCUAUGCAUUUUUUAAAAAAAUGUAAACUUGACAUUUUAGGGUCUUCAGUUAUACAUACACCUGUUAUAAGGUGUUUAAUAUAGCUCAGGAAAGUGAGCAUUUUGUGAGAAAAAUGUAGGAUAUAUCCAUAUCUAAUGAAAAAGAUUGGUUGAAUGUUCUCAUAUGUUUCAAAGCUCUUUAAAAAAAGAUGUAUAAGUAAUUGGAACUCUUAGAAAACUGAUAAAUGUCACACAGUGGUUAUUAUAGAAGGAUAAUACACAGAGCCAAGAUCAAACUGAAAGGAAAUAAGUGGAAUAUAAAAGGUAGACAGUAUUUAGCUUUGUAUAAAUCUAGGUUUUUUCUGUAAUCAGCUAAACCAUAUAAAGUUCUCUUGUGAUAUGUUACUAUGUUUGUGGCACUUGAGGCAUUGUAUGUAAAGUAAGGAAUGCUUUACCAGUUCUCCUUGGUUUUGCCUGUUUGCUUAAACUAGUUUUGAAGUAUUUUACUAUAAUUGAAAUGAAAAGCUUAUCUACUUUUAAAAAGCCAAGUUGAAAUAAUUAAUGGUAGACUUAAAAAUGUUUUAUAAAUUGUUUCCAAGAAAGAAUAUUAGUCUCCAGUGAAGUUUAGUGAUGGCCUGUCUUUCCAUUUUGGAAUUAUAUUGUUAAUAUAACUAGAAUUUUUUUUAAAGGAGCACUAGUAUAUAGUUGAGCAUAAAUAGAAAAUAUGAAAAAGGAUAUAUUUAAGUUCAUUACCUUAUAUUUGAGUAAACAGUGCUCAGUGAACUGGAAAAUUUUAAUAGAAAAAUACAGUUUUGUGAUUGUUAAUUUGGUUAAACUAAUAUUUUAUAUUAUUUAAGUUAGCAUUUUAUAUUACUUUAAUAUGAAUAAAGUUAAUUCCAUGCAUUAUAGACUCUGUAUAAAUACUAAAUUUGGGGCUAUAUUUAGUAUUUAGUUGUUUUAGAUACAAUAUAAAUUUUGAUUCUGGGUACUAUAGUGUAGUAGAUACUCCCCUCCUAAGAGAAGUUAGAAGUGAUUUACCCCUAAUGAAAUAAUACAUUAAUGCUUGAAAUGGCUCUUUUCAGUGGUGUGACUUUUAGAAAGUAUUUUGACAAUUAAUGGAAGCUAACAAUCUUUAAAUAGAUGACCUUCCUAAGAAUGAAAUAAAAACUAUUUUCUAUAUAACUUAUGCUUUUCAAAAGUGAUAUUUUGCCCUUUGGUCACAUAUAAAUGAGAAUAAAAAAGACUCACCUGGACUUGAAAGUUAAAAGCAAUUAUUGUAGUAUUUCCCCCUCCACCUUACCAAAUAGUAAAAAGCUUUGAUUGUACAAGAAAUACUUGUACCUCGUGGAUUUUUUUUUUAACUUGGAAAAUGGAUAUGACACUACAUGAUUAGUUCUACUAACCAAAGCUUUAUUUGAAAAUUUACUUUUUGUACAAAUUGAAUUGUAUAAUGCUUGAAAUACUUUGUCACUUUAUAAGCUAAAUGCAUAGCACUUAAUUUGUUUAUACUGUAAAAUAUGUAAAAUGCUUUUAUCAAUUUGAGAAUAAAGAUAGUUACUAAUGUUGUUGUA